UUUUUCUCUCUUUCUCUCUCUUUUUCUAUGACUGCUAUCACCGAAGAAACUUACAAGACAAGCGCCGACUACAUUGCUUCAAGAUUACCUGAAGAAUUCAAAAAAGUUAAGCUUGGAAUCAUUUGUGGAUCUGGACUUGGAGGUUUAGUUACAACUAUUGAUCAGACAACAAAGGUUGAAUUCCUCUACAAGGACAUUCCUGGAUUUGUGUCAAGCACUGUUAUCGGUCAUGCUGGUAAGCUUGUCUUUGGUCAUCUUGGUGAAUCACGUACACCUACUGUAUUCAUGGUGGGUCGAUUCCAUUUUUAUGAAGGCCAUAGCAUGCUUCAAGUCACCUUCCCUGUUCGUGUGAUGGCAUUACUUGGUGUUCAAUACUUGAUUGUCACUAAUGCUUGUGGUGGUCUUCAACCUACAUUUAAAGUGGGUGAUCUCAUGAUCAUCAACGAUCAUCUAUCUAUUCCCGGUAUGGUCGGCAACAAUCCUCUUGUUGGUCCCAACAUGGAAGCCUUUGGCACUAGAUUCCCUGCUGUGUCAGAUGCUUAUACCUAUGGCUUACGUAAACUAGCUUUCAAGGCAGCGUUUGAUGUAGGCAUCUCCCCUGAUGACAUCAGAGAGGGCGUAUAUUGUAUGGUGUCAGGACCAAGCUUCGAAACAAGAGUAGAGGCUCGUUAUUUGGCAUCGAUUGGUGCAGAUGUUGUUGGCAUGUCAACUGUCCCUGAAGUCGUCGUGGCUCGCCAUGCAGGUGUUAAAGUAUUGGGUAUCAGUUUGGUCACGAACGCAGUUAUCAAUGCUAGAGGGAAGGAUGCUAAACUUGAAGUAUUAAGAGAAAUGGGUUUGACAGAUUGUGUGGAUGAAGAACCAGAUACUGAAGUAUAUAUUGCAAAUCAUGAGGAAGUGUUGGAGACUAGUGCUAAAAAAUCCAAUGACAUGCAAAGAAUGGUCGCUCGUUUUGCUGAUUUGUUAGCUGCCUCGCCUGUCUAAGAUAGAACCAAUUAGAAAUGGAUCUAUGUUUAAAUAAACUUUUUUUUUUUUGCUUUUAUUCUUUAUAGGAACUGGAUCAAACGCUGCACUUGAGCAUAACUAAUGAUUCAGUCCUUACACGACCCUUUUUCUUUCUCACAGUUCUUUCAACCUCCGACAUUCGUUGACAAAACAAAAGUCUCAGAGAUUUUAAAAUACAUAAUUAACCAAAGAGAAACACACUCUGUGCUCAAUAUUUUACGAAUAGAUAUUAUCUCAAAGCAGUGAACUAGUCGUCACGACUUGGAUAGACGCAAGUUUUGAGCCUAAAACCAACUAUAUUUUAAACUAAAAUGAGACAGUUGUAUUCAUUGGACGUACAACUCCCCCCUUUU